GUAACCAAACCUUUUUCAAUUGUAUCAUCAUCUACGCCGGUCUCGCGAUAGCAUUUUUUUUAUCUAUUAGAAUCAUUUACCUAAGUGUGUACUAUCUACGAUACUUCGAAAUGGACUCUUGUAUCUUUCGUUCAGAGUUCAUGAUCAAUUGCAACUGCCUUCGCGUCUCUGCUUCGAUGUCGGCCAGAGGGUUAGCGAUCAAGGGAAUUCUGGUGGGAUCCAAUGCCACUUGAAUACCACGCACCGUCGGCAGGCAUUAAUAGACACUAGUGAGACGAUACAUUUUGCCAGUGCUUUGGCUGCUUGGC